AUGUAUGAAGGAGAAAAAGACGUACUUAAUCAAUUAGUAAAGGCAAGAGACGCCGUGAAAAAAAAGUACAGACAGUUAAAGUUUGGAAAAGAUGAAGUUGAAAAAGUUCUAAGCGAAACUUUUAAACCAAUAACAGAUCCUUUACAGGAAAUUGUUACUACAACCAAGAAAAAUGAAAGAAAUUCAUCUGUAAUCUAUAACUACUUAAAUAACCAUAAAAAUAAAUAUGUUACGAAAGCAAAAACUGAAGAACCACCCAACGAUGAAAAUAGCACGGUGUUCGAGUCUGCUGUCAGUGAAAGAACAAAUCCAACUAAGUAUCGUCUCAAAGAUUAUCAAGAUCAACCUAUUUCCGGAGGUUUUUAUCAGCAGGAACUGCAAAAAACAAAAAAUCCUGAUAUUUACCUGGUGGAAAAGUUCUUCUAA